AUGUCCCCCGACUUCAUCCUCAAGUCGAGGAAACGCAAAACGCAGAAGGUGUACACGGCCAAGAAAGUACGCAAGCCCGCCACCAUCAUGUCAGGCGCGCUGCCGUCAUCUUCGGCAGCCAAAAACGCGACUUUGUCGCGAAAAGACGCGAACAUUCCCAAUGAUGGCGAAGAUAUCGACUCCGCUACGCCGCCCUCUGCCCAACGUCCACCCGCCUCGAAGUCAUCACCCAUCGAUGCAGACGACGGUGAUGCUGUGGAGGAGGUCUCGCAACCCGUCAAAAAGGCUGUUCCUGCGGAGCGCAAUGCCUUCACCGUACUUGCAAGCUCUCAGGCCGCGAAGACCCCGAGGUCAACGCCAGCAGGCCGCCCUGCUGCUCAAAAGUGGACAUCGGAGGAGGAAUGGACAGUGGCGGAAGGUAUUCGCGAAGGCCUGAGCCAGGCUCAGAUUCUACUCAACCUCCUACCGUCCGAGCGCUCGGCGAGUGCUGUGCGAGGCAAGAAGAGGGAGUUGCAGGAGAAAUUUGGCGACAAACUGGAGAGACUGGCCAAUAUGCCGAAUUCCACUCCACGUGUUCCGGCUCCUCCGAUGCCUCCUCGAAAAGCUUGGUCACCCAGCGAACUGACCACGUUACGGAAAUGCAUGACUCUGGGCAUCAGUGAUCGCGACAUCCAAGCUCUGCACUUUCCCAACCGAACUGAAGACUCUGUGAUUGGUAGACUGCGGAAGGUGCGAGCUGUGUCCGCGAAGAGGGCGCAAAGACGUAGUGGGGGCGGCAUCCACACGCCUCAUGCCUCCCAGACACAGUAUCACAGCUCCAGCCCGGCAAUGUUCCCUCUGUCUAGCCAGACUCGAAGCUCCCCGGCCCAAGCCGCAGCGAAGCGCCAGUUAGAGGAGGGCACUACUGAGAAGCUCCCCGUUGUGCAGGAGGAAGAGAGUGUGCUGCAGGAUGUUGACGACGUGGACGACUCCGAGGAGCCUGAAAUCGCGGUCGGGGACGCCAACGACGACAUGGACGACUCCGAAGAGCCUGAGAUCGUGGUCGAGGACGUUCUCAACACCAAGGACAUGGCAGACUCCGAGGAACCUGAGAUCUCGGUCGAUGAUGCUAACGACGGCACGGAUCAGUCCGAAGAGCCUGAGAUCGUGGUCCAGGACGCCAUCAAUACCGAGGACGUCCAAGUCACAGACGUCGACUGCGAAGAGGUCAUCAUCCCCGACAGCCCCGUUUCCUACCCCAAGGCUUCAACGCAGACGAAACCACUGCGAACAGCAUACGUGGUAAUUCCGGCUCGCCCUGACCUCAGUGAUGUCCUGGACUUCCGGGCCGGACCCUUAGUGCGACGCCGCGCUGCGGUCAAUGACCAAGAGGCAAGAUACGCUGCAACGACCCCACCGUUCGGCUCGGGUCAAGAGAAGGACAGGGUCGGCAUGAUGCACUCAACCAAGCUGAGCAUCUGGCGCGAAGCCUAUUCCUACUCUCAAGGGGAUGCCGAGGCCGCUUAUCGGAUGUACGCGAGCCUGACGACAGACGAGCACAUGUUGCAAGCGGUUUGCAACCUAGACCACGAAAUCAUCAACGGUAUCAAGGCUGUUCGGAUGCGCAGAGCGCGUGAAGAUGCUCUCAGAGAAGGAAGACCACCGCCCGUUACUCCGGUACGAGAUCAGCCCCAACAUUUGGACCUUUUUGAGAAGAAGGUCUAUGGUCGAUACUGGUCAUAUCAUUCAUGGGAGAAGGAGGUCAAGGACAUGUACCUUAGGGAGCCUGUUGUUUUCGGUCCGAGACCAGUGCCUGGCGAGCCAAUUGACUAUUUCGACCCCAUGCAAGAAGCCAUGUAUGAUGACGGCGACGACGGCGACGACGGCGACGACCCGUACGACGAGAGACUUAGACCAGCCGAACCAUUCCAUGGUCAUGUGUCAGAGAUUGACGAGGAAGAAGAAGCACCGCUGAAGAAACGAAAGGAGAUAGACGAGGCAAUGCCGCCGCCCCCCGCCAAAAAGCAGAAGAAAGAACGAGAGUGGAGGCAGAGGCAUUAUCAGAAGAUGCAGCAGAAGAAGCAGAAACAGCCGCCGAAGGAAGAUGGUAAAAAAAUCAAACCAGGCAGUAAACCGACGCCUGUAAUUGGGAAGAAGGGUCAGAAAAAGAGCCAGGCGGCUUUGAGGCGACGCAGGCUUUCGCUCCGUCGCCCAGACGCUUCCACAUCAUCCAAAGCGGCCUCCGACCUAUCAAAAGAUGUGCAGACAGUCGAGCCUGGGAGGACAUCUGCGGUCCCCGAUGAUCUUGACGAUGGCGACGAGUCGUACCAAUGGAUGCGUGACAUCGUCAAGAACGCCCAGCACAGGCCGCCUCCGGUCCGUCGCAAAUCUCCCCCACCGAUCGACCCAAAUAAUCUGUUUGGCUGCGGCGACCCGUCGGACUCAUCGAGUAGUGACAGCGAUAACGAUUGA